AUGAAAGUCAACAGCUUCAAUGGGCCAGUGACACAAGACGAGCUCCAGUCAUUCAGCAGCUACGUCGCCACGCUCCAGCCGGCUACCAACAACAUCGGCAAUCAGUGGGCUCAAGGUCACAGUGGCGAAGAGACGAAAGCCAUGGGCCUGGUCUACUCCAUCUCUGGACAGCAGGAUGUGCUCGACAACAUGCUGCGCUACUGCGAUGCCGUCCUCUCACAGAGAAACGACCUGGCCAAGGCGCCAAAUGGGCAGUACAGAAUUUGGACCGGCGACAUCGCGCCCGUCUGGCCCAAAAACGUUGAUACGAAGCCAAUCUCGACUGGCGGCGAGCAGGGCGACCCGGUCGGCCAUUUGGCGUCCUGCGCCCAUCUGAUACUGAAAAACACAAAGCUGUACGGAAAGACCGUCGCGAUCGGUGACAAGUACGGCUACGGCAAGACAUAUCUGGAGCGUGCCAAGACGUAUGUCAAGCAGGCGGACAAGGCAAUGACGGGCCACAUUCUUUCUCGACUGCUCGACGUCUCGCGUGGCAACAAGAUGUACUUCGCCAAAGACUCGCCGUACAAGGGUGGCACACCGGUGCCCUGGAACCAGCAGAUGAUGUUCACCUAUGCCUUCCAGAACCUUGUGGCCGCGCAUGCCCUUCUCGGCGACAAUUCGGACCUGACCAGCAAGUACAGGGCCAUCAUGGCGGCGAACCUCGACUGGUUCUUCAACGGCGGCGGGGCGGAGGCCAAGAAGAGCAAGAAGGGCAGCACGGUCUAUGACUGGGACUAUGCCUUUGGGCAGGGCGUCGAGGAUGUUAACCACGGGUCCCUCGACGUCGCCGGAUUUCACCGGGCCUACACAGACGGCAGCUGGAACGUCACCACCACGCAGAUGACCACGCUGGCGAAUACCUUUGUCGACGUGAUGCGGCUCGGAGGCGGCAAGUACGCGGGAACGGUGGAGGGCGGCUGCGGCGAUGGCCACGCGAGCUGCAUCAAUUAUGUGCGCAGCGGCUUCUUGCUCAUGGCACAGUUCCGUCCGGAUGCGUAUCGUGAUAUGAUGGUGGCCGACUUGAAGGAGGGGGGUACCACGACCAAGACGGACGUGUUUUCCCGGUUUCUGUGGGUGAAGAACGCACGGAGCGAGUCUAGCAAGCUCGGGUAG